AAGGACAGAAGUUUCCUUCACUGUUGGAUACUAAGGAUACAAGAGAAGCGCUUGCAGUGAGGAUGCAAACCUAAUCUAAACUGGCGUAGCCUAUAAUGCAGGACUGAUUUUGAAUUGGGAAUAUUGUGUUUUGUUUUUACGCAUCAUCAUCCUCUCCAGGUACUUCUCUGAUGAUUGGGGAGCGCUAGUCCUCUGUGUUUGAUCAUCCCUGAGAUGAUCGAUAAUUCGAUCCCAGAUUGGCUGGAAGUAACGUGACAGUGCAGAUCGCGAUGAACGUGCUGCUCGCGCUGUGCGUGGCUCUCGCGGCAGCACGCGGCAGCAGAGACUGUCCCGAGCUGAUGAUUGACAGCUGUCACUGCACCGCGGAGAGAUCAAAGCAGUUUAGCAGGCAGAGCGUGCGCGUGAAGGCUGUGUGUGAUGAUGCGGACCUGACGGAAACCAUGCAGCCCAGCUCGAUCCCCAACACGACGGUGUCACUGAUCCUGAGCAACAAUAAGAUCUCGGCGCUGAAGAAUAACUCUUUCCUCGGCCUGCGAUCUCUGGAGAGACUGGAUCUCAGCAGUAAUCUCAUUAGCAGAAUUGCCCCCGGCGCGUUUCAUGGCCUGACGGCUCUGAGGAGACUGGAUCUUUCCAACAACAGGAUUGGCUGUUUCUCUGCUGAUAUGUUUCUUGACCUUGGCUGUCUCUCCAAACUGAAUUUGUCUGGGAAUAUCUUUUCCACGCUGCCAGAGGGUUUGUUCACACAUGUCCCGUCUCUCAGAGCGCUGCACGUGGGCACAGACUAUCUGUUCUGUGAUUGUCAGCUGCGCUGGUUGUUGUCGUGGAUCAGAUCUCAGGCGGUGCGUGUGGGGAAUGAAUCUGUAUGCGUGUAUCCGACUCGUCUUCAUGGACUGGAGCUGCGCAGCCUUCAGGAGCAGCAGCUCACCUGCGACGGCCCGCUGGAGCUCCCCGUCCUGCAGCUCAUCCCGACCCAGCGGCAGCUGGUGUUUCGCGGGGACCGUCUGCCGCUGCAGUGCGCCGCCUCGUUCCUCGACCCGACUGUCAGACUGUCCUGGAGCCAUGAGCAGCGUCCCGUCCACACGCUGGAGCACAGAGGGCUGUAUGUGGAGGACAGCAUCAUCCACGACUGCUGCCUCAUUACCAGCGAGCUCAUCCUGUCCAACAUCGAUGCCGGCGUUUCCGGUAAUUGGCAGUGUCACGUGACCAGUUCCCGUGGCAACAGCUCAAUCGGAAUGGAGAUUGUGGUGCUGGAGACGACGGUGCUGUACUGUGGAGCCGAGAGGGUCAGUAGCAACAAGGGCGACUUCAGGUGGCCGAAGACGUUGGCCGGUUUCAUGGCCUUCCUGCCGUGUGCCGUGUCCCGCUCUGGCUCCGCCCCACAGGAGAAAAGGGCGUGGUCCCACUCUGACUCCGCCCCUCAGGAGAAAAGGGCGUGGCGCAGGUGUGACCGCACGGGCCGCUGGGCGGAGCACGACUACAACCAGUGCUCAUACACCAGCCAGUUCACCCGCAGCCUGCAUGAGCUCACACAGAUGUCGGUGAACGUCUCCAGCGCUCUGAUGCUGGCGCUGCAGCUCUCGUCUCUCACCAGCAGGGCGGCGCUGUUUGGAGACGUGAUGGAUGUGAUAUUCGUCACUCAUCUGGUAGAAAGACUCACACGUCUGGUGGAUCAUGUCAGAGAGGUUUCGGUGAACAUCGCUCUGGAGGCGCUGCUGCUUCGGCCGGACUCUCUCAUGGGUUUAUUGUGUACGGUGGAGCAGCGUCUGCCUCUGCUGCCCCAGGUGGCCGACGCUCCACAGCACAACACCCUCCUCAACUUCAGAUGCCACACGCUUAACGUCUCCGGGUCACCUGUGGGUCAGCUCAGCCAGAACACGGUGGCCAUCGCCUCCAUACAUUUCCCGCUGGCUACCCCUCGGUCUGUGGAGAACUGCACCUGUAAGCUGCAGCUGAUCGUCUUCCGCAAUGGAAAACUCUUUCCGUGCACGGGGAAUUCGUCAAAUCUUGCGGACGAUGGCAAGCGCAGAAGCGUUUCGACACCAGUUGCAUUCACCAAAUUAGAUGGGUGUAGCCCCGGGAGCCCCGUGCAGCCGGUUACCGUCGCUCUCCGGCACUUCUCGUUGGGUGUAGACCCCACCGCGGCAUACUGGGAUUUUGACCUGCUGGAUGGACACGGCGGCUGGCGCGCGGAAGGCUGCCACAUAACGGGCUCCGCGCACAACACGACCACCAUCCACUGCGCGCACCACAACAACCUCGCCGUGCUCAUGGUAAGAGUCUCCCGCUCGUCCAAGUCGGAUUAUGGCUAUUGUGGAGGCGCAGAGCCAAUGAAACACGGCGAGCAUGUAAACGGCAGUGCUAUAGUGUUAAUAUUAUUGUUGCAAGGGCGAAUGGUGUGAGGUGUGGA